ACUGUUGAAAUAGUCCGGUUACAUUUCCUCCAGGCGUUAUAACCUGAGCUCUUUUCACUCCACAGUUGCAUCUCUCCCUCCCUGGCACCGGACAGCGGCCCCCGACAUGAAGCUUCCAGCGGCGGUUUUUGCAGUUUUUGCAUCCAUAGCUGUCAGCAUUGACGCUACUGUCUACUUCAAGGAACAGUUUCUGGAUGGAGAUGGAUGGAAAAGCCGCUGGCUCGAGUCAAAGCACAAGUCAGACUAUGGCCAAUGGAAACUGAGCGCUGGAAAGUUCUAUGGGGAUGCUGAGGCUGAUAAAGGUGUCCAGACCAGCCAGGACGCCCGCUUUUACGCACUGUCGGCCCGCUUUGAGCCCUUUAGCAAUGAGGGAAAACCCCUGGUCAUCCAGUUCACCAUCAAGCACGAACAGAAGAUUGACUGCGGAGGUGGCUAUGUCAAGAUCUUCCCCUCUGACCUCGACCAGAGCGACAUGCACGGAGACUCCCAGUAUUACAUCAUGUUUGGGCCUGACAUCUGUGGAUACAGCACAAAGAAGGUUCACGUGAUCUUGAACUACAAGGGCCAGAACCACCUCAUCAAGAAAGACAUCAAAUGCAAGGAUGACGAGCUCACCAACCUGUACACACUCAUCCUGAAUCCCGACCAGACAUACGAAGUGAAAAUCAACAAUGAGAAGGUGGAGUCCGGCUCCCUGGAGGACGACUGGGACAUGUUGCCCCCAAAGAAGAUCAAGGACCCAGAUGCCAAGAAACCCAGCGACUGGGACGACAGGGCCAAGAUCGACGACCCCACUGACACCAAGCCUGAGGACUGGGACAAGCCAGAGACCAUUCCUGACCCUGAUGCAAAGAAGCCUGAAGACUGGGAUGAGGACAUGGACGGAGAGUGGGAGCCUCCUAUGAUCACUAACCCAGAGUAUAAGGGUGAAUGGAAACCCAAGCAGAUAGACAACCCUGACUACAAGGGAGCAUGGGUUCACCCUGAGAUCGACAACCCAGAGUACACUCAUGACGCCGCUAUGUACAAGUUUGAUAACAUUGGAGUACUGGGCCUGGAUCUGUGGCAGGUUAAAUCUGGCACCAUUUUUGACAACUUCCUGAUCACUGAUGAUGUCAAAGAAGCACAGGAGUUUGGGAAGGAAACCUGGGGAGCUACUAAGGGACCAGAGAAGAAGAUGAAGGAGGAACAGGAGGAUAUGGAGAGGAAACUGAGGGAGGAGGAGGAGAAGAGCAAGAAGGACACUGAAGAUGGUGAUGAUGAUGGGGAGGAGGAGGAGGAGGAGGAGGAGGGGGAGGAGGAGGGCGAGCACGAUGAGGAGAGGGACGAUGAGGCUGGGACAGAGGAGGAUGGCGACGUCAAACAGAAGGAUGAGUUGUAGAGGAAAGGCGGACUGCUGCGUGCUUCUGUCCACAGGUUCAAAAGAACGUCAGAAAAUGAGCGAACGCUGGAUGGACUCUGGCCUUU